AUGGCUUACAACUUUGUCGACACUCCGCGCACCGACAUGGCCGACUUGACGCGAUUCGAUGCCGAUGCUCUGUCAUUUUCCAUGGAGCAACCCUUUCCGUCACCCUCCAAGGAUCCCAAAAAUGACCUUGUGCGCCAGAUGAAGGCUCGACAAGGUGCUGCGCAAUCUAUCAAGACUCCACGCGCUCGCAACAAUCUGGUCACUGUCAGGAAUGGGCCUUCGAAGAACGAGUUUACUCCUCUGCUGAAGAGUGCUGCACACAAUCGUUUCCGCUCGAGGGAGAACAAGGAGAAUCACAACGACCUGCUCAACAGCGUUCUGAGUGGACGCGCUCCUGCCACGCCUGCUUACCUAAAGCCUGGCUACGUCGAGUCCCACACUCCCGGACUGCCUAUCAACAGCAGUAUUAUGGAUCACGAUCACACGGGUAGUUCCCAGGGUGAAGGCACUCCUGUCCCACUUGCCAUUGCAAGUAGUAGCAUCAUGUCUACACCCAUGCCCAUACUGCCCCAAAGAGACGGAGGAUUGGUCGAUCAAGGAAAUGUCCUCACACUGCGCGAACAAGAAGCUGUAAGUGCUAGAUUUGGUCCACAUCACUUGGCGACAAGUGCUAACCUCAAUCGAUCAGNNAAACUCGACGCCGUCACGAAAGAGAACUUCAACUUGAAACUCAGAAUCCAUUUUCUGGACGAAAACUUAAAGCGAACUGGAACCGAGUACCAGCAAGAAGUUCUCAAACAGAACACCGAGCUGAAAACCGACAACACCCAACUCUCCCACGAACUCAAGAAACAGAGGAAGGCCAUCGAACGUGCCGAGGCCGAACUGGAGCAAUACCGUCAACAAAUCCGCGAGUAUGCCGAGAAGAUCAAGAGGAAGCACACAGAUGACAUAGUCAAGGAAGAGAUGGAACGUUUGCGUCAAGAAGCCGAGAAGAACCAGAAAUUGGCAGACGAGCGAGAAGAGCAGAUCAACGAGCUACAACAUAGACUCGACAGAGCUGGAAGCUCCUCGGAUGACAAGGUCAAAGAUCUUCAGGAUGAUGUCGCCGACCUCGAGGCCGAUGUUCGUGCAAAAGAGAAUGACCUAUACGCAAAAGACGAGCAGAUCGAGCAGCUGGAGGAGAAGCUCAGGGAAGCUCAGUCUGACAAUGACGGAGCCGAAGAGAUCGCCGAACUCGAAGAUGAGGUGCAGGCCAAAGAAAGGGAAAUCGAGUUGAAGAACGUCCAGAUCGAAUCUCUUGAACAGAAACUCAAGAAAGUCCAAACCGACGACGAGGAACUUGAUAGUCUGCGCGAGGACCAUGCAGCACUCGAAGCCGACCUCAAAAUGCGAGAACGUGAGCUCUUGGAACAUCGCAAAGAGAUCGAGGAGUUGAAGCAACAAGUCGCAAGCACCCAAAACACGGACCGAUCGACAAAGAAGCUUCGAGGUAGCCUGGGAGAACUGGAAAACCAGCUCAGAGAGAAAGACCAAGUCAUCGACCAGCAGCACAACGAGCUGCGUGUUUUGGAGAAGCGACUACAAACUUCAGAAACAGCGCACACAACCGAGAUUCGAGAGAUUGAGAACGAAUUACAAGAGAAGGACUUCUCGCUCGAGCAGAAAGAUGGAGAGAUCAGAGCUUUGCAGGACCGCCUGCAGACAGCGAGAGGUAGCUGGGACGCAGAGGCGAUGCAAACCGAUGCUCGUUUGCAGGAAAAGGAUCAGCUUGUCUACGAAAGAGAGUCGCAACUCCGUGAGGCUACACGCCUGAUUGAUGAGCGCAACCGUGAGAUUGCGGAUCUGAAGCAGAACAUGAAAUCCCUGGAGAACGGCACCAACGCACAAGCUCAGCAGUACAGACAACAAGGCGACCAAAUUCGACAACUCCAAGAACGCUUGCGAUCUACGGAAACCAGUGCAGGCGCCGAGAGGGAUGAGAAGUCAGAUAUGAUUGCUUCAAAGGAUCGCGAGAUCCGCAACUUGCAGUCAAGGCUCCGGGGCCAAGAGGGAGAUGAGAGCAACGAGAUCCGACUCAAGACGGAACAUAUCGAGCAACUCGAGAGAGACAUACAGCAGAAGAACCAGCAAGCUCUGCAACUAGACACCGAAAUGCGCGCUCUCAAGGAUCGCAUGACUAGCAUGGAGACACCUACAAAGAAGAACUCUAUGCUCAGUCAACAAGCGGAGCAAAUUCGCAACCUCCAGCAAGCUCUUCGCGCUUUGUCUAGCGAAAAAGAUGCCGAGCUAAAUGAGCUCGAAAAGCAUCUACAAUCUGCCGAAACCGAAUUGGACGCCCACACCAAGAAGAUUCAGCAGCUGCAAGAGCGUCUGAGAUCAGCAGAAAGAGACCAAUCUUUCGCCGGCCACAUGGACGAAGAUAUGCAAGAGAAGCAAAAGACCAUCGAGCAGCAAGAAGAUCAGCUCUUGGACAUGCAAACCAAACUUCGCAAAGCCUUACAAGAAAGGGAGUCCGAGAUGAUAACCUUCAAGUCGCGUCUUAGUCAAGCCAAGCAAGAAGCUGAACAUGAGAUGCAACAGCUCAACGCCGACCAUGACGAGGCUUUGGAAGCUCUCGAAGAUGAGAUCAUUGUUCUAGAGUCGAAUGUUGAAGAAGCGCAGAGCGAGAAAUCGGCUUUGCAGCAAAAGAUUCAACUUCUUGAAAGAAAUCUCGUGGCAUCUAAGCAGAAUGGCACACCAGUACGCGAACGCAACGAGCUGCGUUUGAAGCUGAGGAACGCCGACAUGGAGCGCGAGAACCUCAAGAGCCAGAUACAAGAUCUCGAGCGUGAGCUUGAUGCAGCCUGGCAAGCCAAGGAGAACGGUACACCCGUACGUGAGCGCAAUGAGCUUCGAUCAAGAUUGAGAGAGUCGCAAACCGAAAUCUCCAAGCUUCAAAACCGCAUCCAGUCUCUCGAGUUUGAUCUGGAGUCCGCCCAAGCCGACAAGACCAUGGCCGACGAGCGCAUGGAUCUACAUGAAUCCCUGAAGGAAGCCAAGAUAGAAGCCGAAGACUUGCAACUGCAAAUCUCAGAACGCGACAAGAAGCUUGCUGCCAUAUCGAAGAAGGAAGGCGAGGUCAAGUUCCAGCUCGACGAGGCACGUCUGGAAAUGGAACAGCUUCAAUCGGAGGUCUCGGAACGUGACACCAGAAUCUCGGGCUACAUGACCAAGGAAAGAGAACUUCGUGCGCAGAUUCAAGAAUUGAGAGAGGCCAAGGUCCAACUCCAGGAGCUUGAACUUCAGCUCGGUGAGCGCAAAGGCAGCAGCUCUGGCCAUGCAAGACGUGAGGCAGAACUCCGUGUACAGCUCCGCGAUUCCAAGAUCGAAAUUGAGGACUUGCAAGUCCAACUGUCUGAGAAGGAAGAGCGGAUUGAAGUUUUGUCCCAGAAAGAAAAGGACCUUCGCGACAGAAUCAAGAAGAGCCGAACGACUUCUGAUGAUACGCACUUCCUCGAGCAAGACCUCCGCGCCCAACUGCAGGACGUGGAGAUUGAGUGCGAGAAUCUGCAGAAGCAGCUUGAGGAGAGAGAGACUCGUUUGCAAUCGUCUCUCGGCCGUGAGACUGAAUUGCGCUCCAAGCUCAAGAACAUCCGUGGCGAAGCUGACGAUACACGAACGAUCAAUCAGAGAGAAAUUCGUGGUCUGAUCGAAGCCAAGGAGAAGACGCAUGCCAGCGAGCUCAAGGGGCUUGCCAAACAAAUUCAGUACAUGCGGGCCAAGUGUGAGCGUGAAGAAGCGUUCCGCAAGGAUCUAGUGUUUAGCAAACGCUGGUUCCUGAUGCAGGUGGAGAUGUACGGUGCAUGGUAA